AUGCAAUCUGCGAACAUUCUGAUCAUUGUCACCUUCCUCGUCAGCGCGGUGAGGGCAGCGAGCGGCAACAGCACAACCAGCGUCGAAAGGCCGACACUAGUCUCCGCACUGUGGUGGGCGGCUUGUACCUCAUUCGCCAGCCUUUGCCUGUUCAUGCGCUUAUUCAUGAACAAGGCAGGGUGGGGACUUUGUCUCCCUAUAGCCUCAACCUUCAUGUCCGUCGGCUUUUUUAUGCGCAUACUCAUGGCGAUGAACCCAAGUUCUCUCCCGAUUUUCAUGGUCCAACAACUCCUCACCCUGUUACCACCUGCUGCGUACCUCGCCUUCAAUUACAUCAUUUACGGGCGUUUUAUCGUGAACUGCGUGGACAGACACUACUCUUGGAUAAAUCCAGAGAAAGUUGUCCGGUACUUCGUUAUCAGCGAUAUCACGGCGUUCUUCGUACAGGGUGUAGGUGGCGGUCUGGAAGUGUCGACAAAAGUGACAACUGAAAAGCCAGGCGCAAACGUACUGCUCACCGGAUUAGUCAUUCAGACACUCUCAUUUGGGUUCUUCAUGGUCCUAGUUGUGCAUGCAUGGCAUGGUAUCCUUCGAGACGGUUUUCAACUCCGCCAGGAGCCAUGGGGGCCAAUUCUUUGGAUAUUGAUGUUUUCUUCAUCAGCCUACAUUAUUCGCUGUAUCUAUCGUGUCAUCGAAGUUGCUCAAGGUAACGGCGGCUAUCUCGUCACCCAUGAAAUCUACUUCUAUCUCCUCGACUCCCAGCCACUGUUGAUUGGUAUUUGCACAUACAUCAUCUACUGGCCAACGAAGUAUCUUGAAGCGUCGGCCAAGCCCGUCACACAUGAAAUGACGGGACGGUAUUAA